CUGCGGGCUCUCAUAAGUCGGAACCAACACGAUCGGAAGGGAAUCCCUCCACCACCACCAUCCUGCGAGUCGUGUGCGGUUGCAUUGCGUGGUCGCAUGCAUUGCGCUGCACACCGCUAGCAAGAAGCAAGAUCAGUCGGUCUCCCUCCGCCGGCCCCGGCGUCGAUCUCGUUCGGUGUUGUGGUCCGUCGUCUGGCAUGGGGAAGGAGCAGGCGGCGGCGUGGCGGCUCAACGUCAGCGACCUCCAGUUCCGGAUGCCGGAGCGGCCCAAGGAGCCGCCGCCCUUCGCCAGCCGCGUCUUCAUGCGUGGCCACGGGAAACAAAGGAAAAUCGCAAAGUACUACGAGAAGCAGGAGAGUCUCCUGAAGGAUUUCAGCGAGAUGGAGAGCAUGAAUGAGCUCGGCUGCUUGGAUCAGAACAGUGCUCCUACCGAGGAAGAGCUGCGGCAAUUGGCCAAGGGCGAAAAGCUGGCGAUCAACCUGUCGAACAUCAUCAACCUGGUCCUGUUCGUCGGGAAAGUCGUCGCUUCAUUCGAGACGAGGUCGAUGGCGGUGAUCGCGUCGACGCUGGACUCGCUGCUGGACCUCCUGUCAGGGUUCAUCCUCUGGUUCACGGCGCACGCCAUGAAGAAGCCCAACAAGUACAGCUACCCGAUCGGCAAGAGGCGCAUGCAGCCAGUGGGCAUCGUGGUUUUCGCGUCGGUGAUGGGGUGCCUGGGGUUCCAGGUGCUGAUCGAGUCGGGGCGGGAGCUGGUGACGCAGGAGCACACCACAUUCGACACCUGGAAGGAGAUGUGGAUGGUGGGCAGCAUGUCGUCGGUGGCCGUCGUCAAGUUCUUCCUCAUGCUCUACUGCCGGACCUUCAAGAACGAGAUCGUCCGGGCGUACGCGCAGGACCACUUCUUCGACGUCAUCACCAACUCCGUCGGCCUCGUCAGCGCCCUCCUCGCCGUCAAGUUCAAGUGGUGGAUGGAUCCCGUCGGAGCCAUACUGAUCGCGCUGUACACGAUCACGACGUGGGCGCGGACGGUGCUGGAGAACGUGGGCACGCUCAUCGGGAGGUCGGCGCCGGCGGAGUACCUGACCAAGCUCACGUACCUGAUAUGGAACCACCACGAGGAGAUCCGGCACAUCGACACCGUGAGGGCAUACACCUUCGGGACGCACUACUUCGUGGAGGUGGACGUGGUGCUGCCCGGGGACAUGCCGCUCAGCCAGGCGCACGACAUCGGGGAGGCGCUGCAGGAGAAGCUGGAGCAGCUGCCAGAGGUGGAGCGCGCCUUCGUCCACGUCGACUUCGAGUUCACGCACCGCCCGGAGCACAAGGCCGACGUCUGAUCUCACCUCCACUUCCUGCCUGUAGACGAAGCUGAAAUGUUGUAUGUACCUCUGUCUCUGUUUAUUGCUUCCAAGUAAGUACUAGCCGGUAGAACAACAAUUGCGACCUGUAAGAAAGGUCGUGUGGCUUUCUCUAUUUAUCACUCCACAGCCGAGUGUAGGUAGUAUGUAUUGUCUAGAAGAGGUAAAUACACCGGUGGUGCUUGAACUUGAUAUGGAUGUUUACUUUGAUGCCUAAACUUGAAAAAUA